AAGAUUGUUCGUUCAGUGCAGUGGUGAUAGUUUUUCCAACAGAAAAUUCUAUAGCUUUCUAGUUGUGUGCAUUUUUUGGUGUUGUCCCCUCGCCAAACGGAUUACUUUUUGUGACCAUUUCGGUAGUUCAACAAGUUUUGUGAAGGAUUUCAACAGGAAUAGAAUAACCCAAACACCAUGGACGACGGCCGAGAAGAGCAUCAAUUCGUUGUGGACGAUGUGAGCAAAAUCAUCAAGGAAGCAAUCGAAACCACCAUCGGAGGCAACGCAUACCAGCAUGACAAGGUGAACAACUGGACCGGGUCGGUGGUGGAAACCUGUCUCAGUGUACUGACCAAACUGCAGAAACCCUACAAAUAUAUCGUCACCUGUAUGAUCAUGCAGAAAAACGGCGCCGGACUGCACACGGCUAGCUCCUGCUUCUGGAACAACGAAACGGACGGUUCCUGUACGGUACGCUGGGAAAACAAGACGAUGUACUGUAUCGUGUCGGUGUUCGGGUUGUCCAUCUAAGUUUUUUUUAGCACUAUAUAUUCAAUGUCGCCUCCGGAAUACAUUACCGAAAGGAAGCGAAAUUCUAUUGACUACGCAGGCAGAGAAGCAUACUCGUGAGCUCCUGCGUUUAUUCUGGCGCAUUCGAAUCUAGCUGUUGGUAAUUCUUUUUUUUUAUAUUAACAAUGCAUGAAGGCAGUCAUCACUAUUUAUAUUCCAACAAAGAGGAUGGAUUUUGAUGCUUUACUUUAUAUUAUCGUAAAUUAUUUAAUACGUUAUCAAAAACCAGUUUUGCGUAAAUAAAAUUUAGAAAUGGGUUCUUUCCCAUUCCAUUGAUUUACCAAAUUUAAGUUGAGUAUUUUGAGGAUUUUUUUUUACAAUAAUGAUAGGUACCUAGAUUGUCAUAUAAUUUUCCCGUUAUCGUCAUGUUAUAUUAUCCUUUCCUAAAAAAGAGAAGUUACAAAAUAAUGAAAUUAAAGGUAGACACAUGUUGUAAAAUCAGCAGAUAAAACAAUUGGCCUUGGAUAUGAUCGGUUGAUUAACCAUAAACUGAUGUGAGCGAGAAAAAGAGCAUUUGACGUGGAUGAUGAAUCGACGAGCGUAAAUAUAUGAAUACUGGGAAGGGCAAUGUCGCUGCGCUUGAACAAAUUUCUGUUAUCGUCAAAACAGUGCAGUGUAGCGGGAAGAGAAUGUAUGUGCUGAUAUCGGAAUAAAAUUUAGGCUGUAGGAUUUAACGAUUAUA